GCCGUUCCUCUUGCUGAGUCAAUGAGGAAUUGAUUCAAAUUUAAUCAGCGGAGGAAUGACACCUGUCUGGGAAAACGGUGGCCCAGUAGGCAGAAACAACCUUGAGUCAUCUGUUGGAACCUCAUCUAGCUGCAUUGCGCCGGAGUUGGCCGAAUAUAUUGCAUCAUAAAUCGUAUGGAUGGCAUUGUCAAGAGGGCGAGGAAGGCUGUCUCAGCAACCGGCUGGACGACAGCAGGAUCAAGCAAGACAAGUCCCAGAUAGUUGGGAUGAUGAUGAAGACAAUGUCGAAGACGAAGAGGACAACUCAUUCGUAGCGGGGACAUCUCAGCUCCGCAAACGUCCUUCUAUUGAAAUGCUUGCAGAUGGGAUACACCAAGGGGCAUGGGAUACAGGCGGACCCGCGCCAAUGCCCACCGUCAUCCUGGGUGCGCCAUUGACUGCCGGGAGCAGUCUCCCGCCUCCAUCCGCUCUUGGACCGACGAUGCGCAUUCUAAAGCGGCCUGUUCAGAACAGUUCAUCUUCAAGUACGGACUCAGUUAGAAGCCCCCAGAGCUUAGCAGAGAGAGAGGCUGCCUAUGCGGUGGCGCGCGAGCGGAUAUUUGGUGAUUUCAGUUUUAAAAUUUCUCCUGUUGCGAAGGAUCAUCUAGAACCGUCUGCAAACGAUGAAAAAAACGUCAAGUCUAGCUCUACGAGUCACACUCCUCUUCCCCCUAGCUCGACCGACGAUAAGGCAACGGUUAGUUGA